AUGUUCUUUCGUGUACUCUGUUUAUUAACAAUUACUACUUACCUUCAAGUUCAAUGUUAUGUCCCUGUUCCAAAAUUAUACAAAAAAGCUGAAGUGGCACUUCGUCGUUAUUCAUCAAAUACGAACCAUGAUGUAAUUAUAUUUUCGUUACUUAAUGUUCUUGUUUAUGAUAAACGAGCAUCAGCAUUUAUUAAAACUGAAGCAAUUGACAAAGCUUUAGAAGAUGUCAAAAAAUACAAUGUACGAGAUGCAACUACUUUACGUCGAUUUAUUUAUGGUAAAGAAAAUUUAUUAAAAGAUAAUCAAUUAACAGCUGAUCUAAAAGAAGACGUUCUAUCAGCACUUAACGUGUUUUCUUCUCAUCCAAAUACUGAUGAUUAUCAAACAUUCGAUAUAUUGUCUAAGACAAAAAAUUUUUAA